AUGCGCAUCCCCAUCUUGGCCAAAGUGAUCGAGUCCAUGACACAAAGCGUGGAACAAGUCGCUGGCACCAUGGUGCUGGGCUUCUGCAUCCAGUAUAUUGCCGUCGGUGCGGGGUUCCUCCUCUUCAGUCAGGGCUAUGGCUUUGCUGACAAGGACACCUCCGCCUGUUCCACCUUGAUGGAGUGUCUCCGUGCCCACUUCGACUAUGGGUUUCGCAGUGCACCAGUCUGGAGCGGUCCGAAGCUCACCUACACGCGAUUCACAUUCGACUACGUCUACAAUCUGGUGAUCAUUCUGAUCAUGGCGGCAAUCAUUUCAGGAAUUAUCAUCGAUGCAUUUGCCGACCUGAAGGAGGAGCAGAAGAGCAUCGAGGAGAAGAUGAAGUCUAGUUGCUUCAUAUGCUCCCUCAGUAAGUCUGAACUGGAGCGCAAAAGGGUGAAGUUCGAGAACCACAUCCUCAAGGAGCACUACAUGUGGGCUUACGCUCGCUUUCUCUUGUAUCUGGAAGAGACGGAUCCGGCUGAGCUGAAUGGCCCAGAGAGCUACGUGAAGCAGCAAAUCAAGGAGAACAACACCGGAUUCUUCCCCAUCGCGCGCUGCAUCGCUAUGGAGUCGAGUGAUGCUGGCGAAGAACAUCUUGAGAGGGAAGUUCGGGUGAAAGACCUGGAUGAGUUCAAAGAGAAGAUCAAUUCAUUGGCAGAGGACACAGAGAUCAUGAUACAAACCGAGCGGGGAAUGAAGGCCGACAUGAAGGAGCUGAGGGAUGUCGUGACGCAGCAGUCACAGAAAGUGCAGGCCGGAGUAGGCCAAAGUCGGCAAGAGAUGAUGCGCACCACCAACAAGCUCCCUGCUCCCUCCACCUGCCGCAAGACCCAUGUCGACGACAGGACGUGGCAUCGCUCCCGGGUAUGGUGCCUCGAUGCACCCUGCGGACGUUUGGUGGACCGCAUGUGGAUCUUCUUUGCAGAGAUCUCAGCAUAUCUCAGCCCAACAAGGUGGACUGCCGGGACACGGAAGUAUGUGAAUCGCGCAGGCCUCGAAGGUGUGGCGCGUUCCAUACAGGCCCCCCUGGCCUUCGACCUUCGGCUUCCGUUCAGGCACGGAAAGGGAGAGGCGAAGUGUGAAUCGAUGCUACUUCCUGACGAGGCAGCCGAGCUGCAGCUCGUGCUCGAUACGCUGGACAAGCCGUGUGAGACGCUCCCACUCCGGAAGUCCGAAACGCACACACCUUUCAACUUGAUUUGCCGGAACCAGUCAGAGAAUGGCGCCGGACAAGACUGCUUCGGCUGCUCGCUGGAAGCUUUGACACAUCCCCGGCCGCCGAACCCAUUAAAUCCCAUGCAAUCAGAGCGCACUGAUCGCCGCACUGACUGUCGGGUUGCUGCUGACCUACCCUUCAGCAGGACUGAUGGACAGGUUCCUCGGUCGUUGCCUCAGCUUGAUCUAGGUGUGACGAUUCAUGAUCCCGAUGACUUGUUGGGUCGGGACAGCAUUGAUAUUGCCGGUGAACAGUACACAAAGGACGGGCUUCCGCAUGUCAAGGCAGAUCACUUGGCGCAGGAGUUGGGCUUCAACGGAGCCGAGCCUGGGGUGUUGGUGGCCCUGAGCGCCCGUGUCUCAGCAGUGUCGGUAGAUCUUGCUGGCUCCCUGCUACAAGCAGACCUGCCCGGUGGUGAGGAGCACCUGCUGGAAUCUGACGCGUGGCUGUCUGCAGAGGCACUUUGCCGAGCUCUCCUGCGAUCAGGCGAUUACAUCUCUGCUGCUGAGGCUGCGCUCCGGGGCCUUCUGCAGGCCCUCACACAUUCCGUUGAGAGCAUCGCUCCGCACGGCAGCUUUAAGCAGAAAGAGCUCGACAAGUGGGAGUCUGAGUACCAGGUUGGCGAGGUAUGGCUCAACAUGUGUGGGGAGAAGGUUUGUCGAGAGCUGGUGUUGGGCGAUGUCCGGCAGCUCAGUGAUGGAUUCGAGCGGUACUACCACGAGGCCUUAGUUUAUCCAGCUCUGAACUUGCUGGGUGCGCAGAAGCGAAAGGUACUGAUCCUGGGCGGUGGUGAUGGCGGUGUUGCAACCGCUGCACUGCGCUUUGACACUGUGGAGCAGAUCGUCAAUGUGGACAUUGACACCUUCGUCACGCAGGCAGCUACAAAGUGGUUUCCGACAGUGGCAGCUGGCCUCAACGACAGCAGAUGCGAAAUGCUACAUCUGGAUGCAUUUUCGUGGGUGGAGGAGCAGUACAACAGUGGCAGAUCUACUUUUGACCUUGUAGUGAUCGACUUCACCGAUGAGCCGGUGAAGGGGGCCUGGUCGAAGAAGUUCUUCUCAGAGGUGAGAGGUUUGCUCACGAAAGAUGGCAUUGUGGUGCAGAAUGUUGGCACGAUCGCAAACCCGGAAGACAUGCGCAAGCUGUACGGACUUCAUGCAGACGUGUUUCCUGCUGUCUUUCCUCUGCAUGCAAUGGUUCCGGACUACUUGGGUCCAUACAUGCUGGUGCUGAGCAGCGCGAAACCACUGGAUCCAGCAGCUGUGAACUGGGACCACUGGCAGAGGCAGCAGAUUCUGGGACAGUAUUAUGGUGGGGCAGCUCAGCAUCACGCCCUCUUCCGACACAUCCCUGCUGAUGUGUCCCGUUUGCUGGGAUUGUCACUGAGCUUUGACGAGAAGGAAUCCUUGCCGGCUCCAUCUUCUGUUGUUCGACCGCUUCCCUUUUUCAAAAGGGGCACAUCCGGCAAUGAGAAGGUCGUCGUCAAGGUGAAGGGGAUCGAUGGCAGCAAGGUGCAAGUCUCGGCGGAGGGAAACUCUCUGAGUUUCUAUCAGGACCGUGACUUGCUUCUGGACGCGAAAUCCCUAGAAAGAGAUGAGGUCCUCGUACUCCCAGCCUUGGCCGUCCUCGGUAGCCGGGCCCAGUCCGUUCUUGUUCUGGGUGGCGGGACAGGUGGAGUAGCGGCACUUGCACUCAAGUGGCCGACUGUCGAAAAGAUCGUGGUGGUUGAGGUGGACGAGGUCGUCCUGAAGGUCGUCAGAAAGCACUUCCCCAAGCAGGCUGAAGUCCUUUCGGACCCCCGGGUCGAGCUCGUCCUUGAGGAUGUCUUUGUGUGGCUCACACAGGACAAGCGCAGCUUUGAUUUAGUCGUCGUGAACAUGUUGGAUCAACCUUGGCUGCCUCCCCGGAGAACGACCAGAUUGCCCAGGACAAAGGCUUUCUAUAGGCUGCUGAUGGCGAAAGUAGCCUCAGGAGGCUGCUUGACGCAGGAGGCUGGCAGUGCUGCAAUGCCAGAGCAGUUUGGAAGUAUGUUGUCCAUCCAUCGCAGUAUCUUUGUGAGCACGUGGCCCAUGGCAAUGAGCAGUUCCAGCCCACAGCCAGCAGUGCCAGGAGAUGAGUUUGAUGGCAUUUACUUCCGUUUGCCACGACUCUUUCUUCUCAGCACGGUGAAUGUACUAAGCCCGCUGCAG